AUGGCUGAGCCGCGCACCGCGUCCCCGCGCCGCCCGCCCGCGCUGCGCCGGCCCCGGCUUCUGCCGUCGUUGCUGCCGCUGCCGCCGCUACUGCUGCUGCUGCUGUUGCCGCUGCCUGCUCCAAGCCUGGGUCUGGGCCAUUCUGCUGAACUGGCAUUUUCUGUGGAGCCAAAUGAUGAUAUUGCAAACCCCGGACAGCCCGUAGUGCUAGGCUGCAAAGUGGAGGGCACCCCUCCAGUGCAAGUCUCCUGGAGGAAGAAUGGAGCAGAGCUGCCAGAGGGCACCCACACCACCCUGCUGGCCAAUGGCUCCUUGCUGAUCCACCACUUCAGGCUGGAGCAAGGAGGUAGCCCUUCAGACGAGGGUGACUAUGAAUGUGUGGCUCAGAACCGCUUUGGGCUGCUGGUCAGUCGGAAGGCUCGCAUCCAGGCUGCAACUAUGUCCGACUUCCACGUGCACCCCCAGGCCGUCGUGGGUGAGGAGGGUGGUGUGGCCCGCUUCCAGUGCCAAAUCCAUGGGCUUCCCAAGCCCCUGAUCACAUGGGAGAAGAACAGAGUCCCCAUUGACACGGACAACGAGAGGUACACAUUACUGCCCAAGGGGGUCCUGCAGAUAACAGGACUUCGAACUGAGGAUAGCGGUGUCUUCCAUUGUGUGGCCUCAAACAUUGCUAGUGUGCGGGUCAGCCAUGGGGCCAGGCUCACCGUGUCAGGCUCAGGCCCUGGAACCUACAAGGAGCCCACCAUCCUUGUGGGGCCUGAGAACCUCACCCUGACAGUGCACCAGACUGCAGUGCUGGAGUGUGUCGCCACGGGCAACCCGCGCCCCAUUGUAUCCUGGAGCCGCCUGGACGGCCGCCCCAUUGGAGUGGAGGGCAUCCAGGUGCUAGGCACAGGGAACCUCAUCAUCUCGGAUGUGACCGUCCAGCAUUCAGGUGUCUAUGUCUGUGCAGCCAACAGGCCUGGCACCCGGGUGAGGAGGACAGCCCAGGGUCGGCUGGUGGUACAAGCUCCAGCAGAGUUUGUCCAGCAUCCUCAGUCCAUCUCGAGGCCUGCUGGGACCACGGCCAUGUUCACCUGCCAAGCUCAGGGUGAGCCACCGCCUCAUGUCACAUGGCUGAAGAAUGGACAAGUGCUGGGGGCAGGAGGUCAUGUCAGGCUCAAGAACAAUAACAGCACAUUGAGCAUUUCUGGAGUCGGUCCUGAAGACGAAGCCAUCUACCAAUGUGUGGCUGAGAACAUUGCUGGCUCUUCACAAGCCAGCGCCAGGCUGACCGUGCUGUGGGCUGAGGGGUUGCCAGGCCCCCCACGCGAUGUCCGUGCUGUUUCUGUGUCCUCCACUGAGGUUCGAGUGUCCUGGAGUGAGCCCCUGGCCCAUACCAAGGAGAUCAUUGGCUAUGUCUUGCACAUCAGGAAGGCUGCCGACUCACCCAAGCUGGAGUACCAGGAAGCUGUGAGCAAGAGCACCUUUCAGCACCUGGUGAGAGACCUCGAGCCCUCCACAGCCUACAGCUUCUACAUCAAAGCCUACACACCGCGGGGGGCCAGUCUAGCCUCUGUCCCCACCCUGGCCAGCACCCUGGGUGAAGCCCCUGUCCCGCCCCCAUUAUCUGUGCGGCUGCUGGGCAGCUCCUCUCUACAGCUGCUGUGGAAGCCCUGGCCAAGGCUGGCCCAACACAACGGAGGCUUCAAGCUGUUUUACCGCCCAGCCAGCACAGCCUCCUUCACCGGCCCCAUCUUGCUCCCUGGAACCGUCUCCUCUUACAACCUCAGCCAGCUUGACCCCAGCACCGUGUACGAGGUGAAGCUCCUCGCCUACAACCAGCAUGGAGAUGGGAACGCUACGGUCCGAUUUGUGUCUUUGAGGGGAGCCUCUGAGAGAACAGCCCUGACUCCCCUGUGUGACUGCCGGGAGGAAGACGUCACCAACCAUACAUCCACUACAGGCAUUGUUAUCGGCAUCCACAUUGGAGUCACCUGCAUCAUCUUCUGUGUCCUCUUCCUUCUGUUUGGCCAGAGGGGCAGGGUCCUCCUGUGUAAGGAUGUGGAAAACCAGCUCUCCCCUCCCCAGGGUCCCCGGAGCCAGAGGGACCCUGGUAUCUUGGCCCUGAAUGGAGUGAGCCGAGGAGAAGGGGGACAGCCAGACCGAGAUGAAAAGCAUGUGGAUGCCAAGGAAUUGGAGCAGCUGUUCCCCACCACUGGGUCAGCUGGGCAGCCAGGCUCCAGGCCCACGGAUCCAGCAGCUCCUGCUCCGUGUGAGGAGAUCCAGCUCUCCAUGGUGCAGCUUCAAGGCUUUAACCUUGUAGCAGGGAGGACAACUGAGGCCACGUCCCCCUGUGCAGGGCCUGGGCCUGUCCCAGCACCCCAGGAUGUAGACCCUGGCCUCCUCAGUGAAGGACAGACCGCCCAGCCUCCAGCUGUCCCAGGUCCCCAGUGA